UGACGUCAUGGUAGUUGUUCCGAAUGUCGGGAGCUAGCGCUGGGUGAGAGGCCGCACGCUCCGCUGGGGGACACAACUCGUACAAAUCUGAAGCCCAAGGUCGUCGGCCGUGCCCCCCGUCCCCCCCGGUAACUCCAAACCCAGGAAUCUCCUCUCCCAUUCCCUCCCCCCCCCUCCCCCAAGCCCCCCCUACCUGCUCUGUCGGAGCAUGGCUCAGGAGACCAACCAGACGCAGGUGCCAAUGCUUUGCACAAUGGGAUGCGGUUUCUAUGGUAACCCCCGCAACAACGGCAUGUGUUCGGUCUGCUACAAGGAACACCUGCAGAGACAACAGGGAGGGGGGCGAUCCAGCCCCCCAGACGAGAAAGCGGCUGCAUCCCCAGCAGGUUCGCCGGGGUCGUCUGGCGUGACUGUGGAGAGCACGGCCUCAGAGCCCAGUGCGCAAGUGGCAGGAACCCCCCCGGAGGAGCAGACGGCCAGUCCCAGCUCUCCCAGCCCGGUAACUCAGCAGAUGACGGCGAUGAGCAUCUCCCACGAUUCGGGAGCUGUAGACUCGGAUCGAGCGGAGGCGGAGGAGGAGGGAGAGGAAGAGGGCACUUCCAACAGCUCAGACCCGGUGGAGGAAGCAGCGCAGGCUUUGUCUGAUAAUGACCAAACUCCAGAUAAAAACAAGAAAAAGAACCGUUGCUUCUCUUGCCGGAAGAAAGUGGGCCUUACUGGUUUCGACUGUCGCUGCGGGAACCUGUUCUGUGCCAUCCACCGCUACUCCGACAAACACGACUGUCCCUUCGACUACCGGAGCGCAGCCGCCGCCCGCAUACGCAAGGAGAACCCCAUCGUGGUGGCGGAGAAGAUCCAGAAGUUAUGAGGAGCGAGUUCAAACCAACAACAACAACAA